AGAACUGUAAGUUAAGAGAAAAAAAAAUUAAGAGACACAUCUGUUCAAAAAUUAAUUUUAAUUAAAUAAAAUGAGAUACUAAAAGCUACUUAUGAUAGUGAAAAAAAGGAAAAUAUACUUUAAUUAUCACAGAAAAAGUGAAAUCCUGAAAUAAAAGAUCCAAUUCAUAGGAGGAAAUUUUCUUUAAAAAGGUCCAAAAAAUUUUCUUCAUUUAUGCAAAAUUAUUCAGCAUAGAAUUAAAAAUAAAUUUUUAAAAACCAGAAUGGAUAGUCAAGAAAUCCAUCAAAAGAGCGUAUCUCCUCCAAAGGCUCUUGUCGAUUCUAGUCCGUUACAAUCAGCUAUGGAAAGGAACAGAGAAUCGCUAAAAAUAAAACUAAUGGUACGAAGAUCCGCAAAUCAACUUGUGGAACAAGGAAUUCUUCCACCAUUGAAAACAUCACCCGCGAUUCAUGAACAGAAGAAACUUUUAGAAAGAGCUAAAACAGGAGAUAUGCUGAAGGCAAAAAUACAACAACGACCAAAUCGGCAGGAAUUAGAAAGAAGACACAUUUUAGAGAGUCAUGAAAGUCACAUAGAUCCAAGCUUAGCGGAUAAAUAUAGAAUGUUGGAAAAAGCGAUACUUGUUGAUCAGCUAAAUUCAAAAAUAUCUCACCGACCAGGUCCUUUAGAAUUGAUUGAGAAAAAUAUUCUUCAUGCUAAUGAACCAAUAGAAAGGAUCGUUAAAGAAGGAUUGGUUCCAUUUAAAGCAUCAUCAGACAAUUUAUUUGUGGAAGACGAUUCCCAAAGUUCUGAAGGAGACAUAAAUUCGCUAGCGGAUAAUAGUUUGUUGAAAGCCACAAUCAAUAUAACGAACAAUGAGCAACCAAUAACAUUGAACACCAAUAGCAUAGAACUUGUAGAAAGCAAAAUAACAUCUCCAAUAAAUGUGAUAAAUUUAAACUUACCAUUACACACAAGUGUAAUAGCGCCACUUGUGCCAAAAUUAACACUACAAAUACCGACUGUUUCAAAUGAGCACGAUACCAUUACCUUGCCCUGUUUAGUUGCUGAAAAUCUUGUUCCUAUAACGACAACAGCAACACGAAUAGAUCAAAAUGAUAUAAUAAUUAAGAGUGAGAAGCCACCAACGGAAAUAAUUAGAGAACCGAAGCCCCAUAUUGAUGGAAAUAUUAAGCACCAUAUAUCCUCAUUUUUACAAAACAAUCAAAAGUUCUCUAGUUCUGGAAAGGAUAAGUUGAAAAAGAAGUGCAAAAUAAAACCAACAUCAAAGAUUAAAGCAAUCAAAUUUCAUGAAUAUAAAGGCCCGCCAAAUGCACAAAAGAACAGCUUUUCAUCAACUAUGACUCCUUCAACAUCAAUAUCAAUGUCAUCGUCAUCAUCGAUGUCAGAAAUUAUGAAUGAUAAUAAUAAUAAUAAUAAUAAAAAGAUUGGAGAAACAAAUUAUGAAUUAAUAAUGCAGCAACAAUGCUUAUUGGAAUAUUUAGAAGGAAUCUAUAAGAAUCCGAAUAAGGGGGGCGAACAUGAUUGUCAUCAAGAUAAGCAAACACCACAUGAGAAAGUAAUUGAAAAGUAUCAAGAUGAAGCACGUAAUGAAGAUGUAAAGAAACCUUUUAUUACAAUCUUUCCAUCAAAAUCCCCAACAUCAACGAAUACAACGAUUGACAAAGAUGCUCUUAUUACUGAUGCAAAUAAAUUAGGGAAAAUGAAAGUAUCAGAAUUAAAGUCAUAUCUUAAAAAAUUAAAUUUACCCGUUUCUGGGCCAAAACCUUUAUUAAUAGAGCGACUAAAGCCUUAUUUGCCUUUCAAGCCUUCAGAUAUUUGUAGAAAUUAUGAAAAGGUUGAAACUAUAAUUAAGCCAAUGCAAGAGUCAAAAGAUACACUCACUAUGAAGUUAUCGAGCAAUAGCUUAGAUUCGCUUGACGCACAGUUCAAAGAUGAUGAUAUCGUUAAGGAACAACAGCGACAGAUUGAAGAGCUUCAAAGAAAGCUACUCGAGAGUCAGAGCGAAUUGGAACAAAUUAGAUUGAGUAAAGUAUCGGAAUCAAGUGAUACAUGCAUGAGUAGUAAGGAACAAUUUUUUCAAAUCAUACCCGAUUCUAAUAGCAUCCAAACGGGUGUACUCUAUGAUAAUACAAAAUAUCAAAUACCUAAUAAAUUGUCGACGGUUUUUGUCGUUGGAGUAAGUCCAUUAAAUUCAACAGAAACACCAACAAUCAGUUCAAUACCAAUGCUUGUGCAGGAACAAAUUGAAGAUUCUGAAAAUAACAACAACAAUAGUAAUAGUACUACUAAUAAUAUAAAUAUAGAGCAAAGCUUAGUUUUACCACAGUCCGAUCCAACCGAUAUUGAUUUAAGUAAAGAUAAAGUAAAUUCUUUGUAUAAUAAUGCAAUUGUUCAGGACGAUAUUAACGAUGUUUUGGAAAUUCUCCUUAAAAAUGAAAAAUGGAAUGGAGAAAAUGAAUCGUAUCAUCAUGUAGACAAGCAUGGCAUUGAAACACCCAAAAUUCUUCUCGACUCGAGCGCAUCGUUUAGUUCGUCACUUAAUAAAGAAAUUCUAGGAGGUGCUCGCGUUAACAAUGAACUUUUAACAUCUGUAGAUGUAAUUGACAACCUUAAGAAUGAAAACUUGAUAAGUUUUCCAAUGGAAAUAGAAGAGAACUCGAAUUCAUCACUAAGCAACAUCGACGCAUUAUCAUACUUUAAGAAAGAUUCUCACAAUGAUAAUUUACCGUGUAAUGUUUUUGAUAAUAAUUAUUGCAAUAAUGUAAUGAAAAAUGUUGAUAGUAAUAGUUAUAAUGGAAUUAAGAAUAGUUUAAUAGGAAAUUUCGAUAACGGCAUGUUUGACACGUUCAAAACAAAUAUCGUCAAUUCUUCAUCAAACAGUUCACUUCUGGGUGACAUCGAGCAAAAGGAAGUAAAAUAUAAUGACAAAUAUAUUUUCAAUGGAAUCAAUAAUUUUGAUAUGUUUGGAAAUAGUGCAGUCGAAUUGACAACAACUACUCCAAUGGACUUUGAGAAUAUUAUAUCGUAUGACAUAUAUCAACAGCAUGAUCCGUUUUUUAGCAUCAAUAGCUUUCAAAAUAUAUCGGACCGCGAUAAUUUCAUUAAUAAUCAUGUAAAUGUUGGAUCAAAUGCAAUGUUUUGUGAAGACGAUACUAAUAUGUUUGAAGCUGGUAAUGAUCUUAAGUGGUAAUGCUGUCUGUCCCUUCUUACGUUCACUUUUACGAGAUUGACAUUUAAAUUGAAAUGUUUAGUUAAGAUACCUAAUAAUUGUUUGAACACUAAUCAAUCAAAAAAAAAUAUUAACAUAUUCAAUACUAAAAGGGAUGAUGAUAAAUAAUACAAGAAAGGAAGUUACUGGUACUUGAAUCAAAAGUACAGAAAUGUCAUUUUUAAGCAUUCUAAUUUUUUAUUUAAAUUUUUCAUCAACUAAUAUGAAUUAUGAAUAAAGCAGAGUUCACUAAAUUACUUAAUAUAACACAC